GAUGGAUAACUUCAAACACAUAUAUCUCCAAUCGAUUCGACGCUUAUUGGAGCACGACAGCAGCGGUACGAUAUGCCCCAGUUGUCGCAUCUCUUUCGACAAGGGCAAACGGCGGAAAUUGAUCGAUACCUGUGGACAUGAGCGUUGCUAUUCCUGUAUGUUUCGUAACGAUCAGUGUCCGAUGUGCAUGAAUAGUAACAGUUCGUUGAAAGAUGUUGACUGCAAUAGCAAUGCUCAAGGCUAUGACACAGGUAUCGGCGGCUCUACAUCGACAAUUGUUAGCCCUCUAGGUUCGCCACAGCCGCAACUGAGAUCACAAGUGCAACAGCAACAUCAUCAGCAACAACAGCAGCUACUACAGCUACAACAGCAACAGCAGCAGCGUACAAAUGCUGCCGCACUGGCGCGUUAUAUGCAGAAAUGUAGCGCAAGUGUCAAACACUUUUUCAAGCAACAGAAUAUAGAAAUUCAGAGCAAUAAUGGUAAACCAACUUGGACCAACAACAAACGUUAG